AAGAAACAAAUUCUAUUUUCUCUACUAUUUACUACGAAGAUGAAGAAUUAAAUUCUAACUAUAUUUUAUUCUUUUUUUUACUUCUUACAAGUGCAGGAUAAUUCCAAGGAGCUACGGGUUUUUUUCUCCCAAGUGGGGCCCUCCCUUCACCACCUCCAUGGGAAUGAGGAUGGUCUACAGGGUUCAUAACUACUACUCUUACUACAGGACGUUUACCUAGCCAGCCUGAGUCUGGUCACUGUGACCCCUUUUGUGAGAAGGCACUCCUUCUCCCGAAGUUAUAGGGCUAUUUUGCUGAGUUCCUUAGAGAGAGUUGUCUCGCGUCCUUAGGUAUUCUCUACGGUUUCAGGUACACGUAGAACCUCCAAUGCAUCCUCCGCUUGCUCACAAGCUACUACAUCUUUGACGAGCACUUGUGCAGCAGUGGCCAAAGGAAAUACUCUCUCACCGACGUCGGAAAGACCCUCGUUGACGAUGAACAUGGGUUAUCCUAUGCCUAUUACAUGCUCCAGCAUCAUCAGGUUAUUACUUUUCCUUUUCAUCGUCAUUUUUCAUGUUUCUUAACGUAAUUGAGUAAUGUGAGUGUUAUAUUCUUUUUUUUUUCUUUUUCUUUUAUCGCAUUAAUCUAAAUUAUUUAUGGUUGAAUUCAAAGUUCAGUCUUCAUGUUUAACAGUAUAGAAGAAAUUAAACAUUUAUUAUUUAGAGAUAUAAAACUAUAAUAAAUAUUUUUUUCUUAUAAAAUUUACCACUUUUGCAUCUGAGUUUAAAGGAAGUUUUUGGUAAAAAGUUUUUGAAAAUAUUAUAAAAAUAUUAAAUUGUAAAUAUUAAUUAAAGAAUGAAUAAAUCUUAGUAAUAUUUUUAAAUGUAUGAACUUUUAUAAGAACAAGAAUCUUAUUUAAUCAUAAAAAAAGAAAGAAAGAUGAUGGAUGAUAUAUUGAACGGCGGUUCUGAAAGGAUGCCUUGAUGGGAGCAUGGGCCUUGGUGGGGGAAGCAGUGGUGGAUCCAACCACAGAACCAUUUGUGAGGGCUAGCGGAGAGUCAGCGAUAGAUUACUACACGAAGCGACCAAAUGUAAUGGCUUUGAUUUAUAAGUCAUUAUCUGGAAUGUCUGAGCCUUUAAUGAGGGAACUGCUGCAACUCUACGACGGCUUCCAUGGUGUAGACACACUUGUUGACGUUGGUGGCUGUAACGGUGUUUCUCUUCGCAUGAUCAUGGCCAAGUUCCCCAAUGUCCGCAGUGGCAUCAACUUUGAUCUUCCCGAUAUGGUGGCCAAUGCACCAAACAUUCCAGGUGUAACCCAUGUUGGUGGUGACGCGUUUACUUCUGUUCCCGCUGGGGAUGCUAUUUUCAUCAAGUGGGUUCUUUUAGCAUGGACAGACGAGGAAUGUAAGGUGGUAAUGCAGAAUUGUCAUAAGGCACUUCCGGUGGAUGGAAAAUUGAUUGUUUGCGAACCAGUGGUGCCGGAGCUGACGGAUGACAGUCGUAGAACAAGAGCAUUGCUUGGGGGUGACAUAUUCAUAAUGACAAUGUAUAGAACUAAGGGGAAGCACAGGACCGAAGAACAAUUUAAACAGCUCGGCAUUUCUUCUGGUUUUCCUCGUUUCCGUGCCUUUUAUGUUGAUCCUUCUAUGGCUGUGCUUGAGUUUCAGAAAUGA